GUACUCACAGCAAUGUGUAUAAGGCAGAGAUUUAUCGACUUAAAAACGGUAGCUUCGAAGAAAGUUAGAUUUGAUUAUUUGGAAGCAUAAAGUGUUAAGUUCAUGGCGAGAGAGUCUAUGGAGCAUGAUCUCCUUGGCGGUCCUGAAACUCAAGGAGUAGUUGAUGUUCAAGUCUUCAUCAAAUCACAUCUAAUGAAAAUGCAGUUGGUAUUCUUAGGUACCGAGUGCAGUAUUUCUGUUUCGGAUGGUUCAGGCAUUGGCUGGGUUUGUGGCUUUUGAUGGAGAAAUAACUAAGCUAACAAAUGCACAUGCUUCACAGGAUGCACAACUAAUGGACCCUGAUAUGGUGGACCCCGAGAAAAUAUCCCUGCCACAGUGCUUGAAGGAUUUGGUUGGCUGCACUUUCACUUUCCAGUUGAAGCUUUCCGCAUUCAAAUUCUCACCAGAGAAUCAGUCCUUCACCAAAUCAAGAAUCUUUAACCGGCCAGUCUUAGAACUUUCUGAACAUGUGUUUCAAAUUAUAGUUCUGUUGUUUGUAGCUGGAGCAGUUGCAUCUAAGCCCUCCAAUACUGUAUGUCACCAAGGUCUCCCCUGCAACCAAAGCUUUGCUGACCAAGCUACAGCAGCUAGCAGUGUUGUCUACGAUGAACAUGUGGUUGGUGGAACCGUGGAAGCACAGAUGAGUGAGCAGGACUUGAGGACAGUGUGCAGACCAUGAAAAAGGCUCGCAAUGCAUAGCUUAGGGAGUAGCCAAGACCAAUGCCCUACUACUUCUUACCUCAGGAGUUGAUAUUUUUCUAAGCUUGAAUUAAUAGAUGAUGAACUCCUUUUGUUUUUGUGUCUUAUUAUUUCCUAGGCUUGGUCAGUAAUGAACCCUAAUGGCCUCAAAUAUAAUUUUAAUGCAAACAGUUAAGAAAGCUUCUCAUAA